AGCCCAAACCACAAAACCAAAACAAUUCUGUUACAAAAAAAACGGUUUAGCUUUAAGCAAAAAUGGGUCGGAUCUUUUAACAAUGGCUUCUUCCUCUUUCACUUUCUCUCUCCUCUUUCUCUCUCUCUAAUCUCUAUCUUCUUCUUCUUCUUCUUCUUCUUCCUCGCAAUUCUCUCUCCUCUGCUCAAGCUCAAUGGCAGCAUCAAUGGCGUCUUCCCACUCUUUCCUCACCUCCCGAUUAUGCUCACCUUCUCCUCCACUUCACUCCAAACCAACUACCACCACCACCGCCUCAUUUCGCGCUUCCUCUCUCAGAGCUUCUCUUUCCUCCAAUUUUCUCUCUCCUUAUGUCGGAGGUAGCGUCUCCGGUGACUUUUCCGGCCAUAAACUCCGGCGACCUCAUUCUCUUACGUCGUCGAACUCUCGGCCUAAGCGCGGCGUUGUUACCAUGGUCAUACCUUUCUCUAGAGGAAGUGCUUGGGAGCAGCCACCACCAGAUUUGGCUUCUUACUUGUACAAGAACCGCAUAGUUUAUUUAGGCAUGUCUCUUGUGCCCUCUGUGACUGAGCUAAUACUUGCAGAAUUCUUAUAUCUUCAAUAUGAGGAUGAGGAAAAGCCAAUAUAUCUUUACAUCAAUUCUACUGGAACAACAAAGGGUGGUGAGAAGCUGGGGUAUGAAACAGAGGCUUUUGCUAUAUACGAUGUUAUGAGGUAUGUCAAGCCACCUAUUUUUACUCUAUGCGUUGGCAAUGCCUGGGGUGAGGCAGCCUUGCUUCUAGCUGCUGGUGCAAAGGGAAAUCGUGCUGCUCUGCCAUCCUCUACCAUUAUGAUGAAACAGCCAAUUGCAAGGUUCCAAGGUCAAGCAAGUGAUGUUGAACUUGCCAGGAAAGAAGUAACGAAUGUGAAGACAGAAUUGGUUAAGCUGUUUUCAAGACAUAUUGGAAAACCUCCUGAAGUGAUUGAAGCCGACAUCCGACGUCCAAAAUAUUUUAGCCCGAGUGAAGCAGUUGAAUAUGGUAUCAUUGAUAAGGUUAUCUACAAUGAAAGAAGCAAAGAGGACAAGGGAGUCAUUGCAGACCUGAAGAAAGCCCAGUUUAUUUAGAUAUUAGAAAGACCUUUGCUGGUGGCCAUAACUAUAAUUCAGAUGUUGAAGACUGCAUGCAUGACCAGCCAUAGGGAGGAUCCUUGUCCAAUGGUUUGAUGUUUGGUUUGGUUCAGUUUGGGUUUCCAUUAUCUAGUAUUGUUGCUGAUUUGGAAAAGGAGAUUAAUGUCUUAAAUCUGUGUGAAAACCCUCAAAUUGAUUGAGAGAAUAAUCUGAAAAAGGGAACAUUUUAGAUGGCAGAACAUAAUAUUGCCACUAUUGUGUUGUAUACGAAUUUCCCGAGUAAUAUUGCACUUUUUAUUCUUCACUUGCCAAUGACGUUGGAUUUUGUCACAUAUUUGGUAAUUAAUUUUAGUUAAGUACAUCGGACCUAUUUAAGGCAGCUGGUAGAAUUUUCCAGCUUACUGAAUAGAAGAUUAGAAGUGAUUUUUUGGUGCUAAUGCUAUGAUUAAGUGGUUCUAAUGACUAACUAAUGAGAAAAAGUCAAAUGCUUUCCCUGGUCCACCCAUUUUAAAUCUUUACCUUUUGAAAUAUCUAUCUUCCCAUUAAGAUGAGCUGAUCUCAUGGGUACUGUGGAGUUGAGCCCAUUGGAAUUUUCUUAAGACAACUGCUAGCUUAUUUAAUUGCCAAGUGGCAGCUUCUGCUGGUUCUCGAAAAGGAAGGCAGCUUUGUAUUGUCUUUAUUGCCUUCCACUUUGUGUUUAUAAUAUGCACCUUGGUCUAUGAAUUUAGAACAGACGCCUGGUUUUAUCCAAGUAUAAUGCUCUACAUAAUGAAAAUUUGUUUUAAUUAAGUUUGAUAGUGACACCUCUUCUGUGCGUGUCCGUUCUGUGCAACUUGCUGGAAGGCUCACAGCAACCUUGAGAAAGUGAUUUGAAUCCCUGUCGCCUUGAGGUUUACAGAAAGAGCUUUUAAUGUAUCUUGCUCCCACGUCGUGAAUUUUCCAUGUAAACCUUUUGCUAGUGGUUAGAGCCUUUUCUGGAAUGAUCAUGUAUAAUUCCCAUUUUCAAAAUUUGCUUAAUUGCUUCACAACAGAAAGUGUCUCUGUAUGCUGCCCAUUGGACUUCUGUCCUCCACCAAAUGGAAUCAUAUUGAUGACUAAUUUCAGAAAGAUAAAGAGUAUUGCUGCAUGUAUGUGCUCCUAUACUGUGUGUCUUGCUCACACGUCGCAAAUUUGUGACAUAAACCUUUUGCUGUUGAUUAGGGCCUUUUUCUGGAUGGAUCAUGCAAUAAUUCUCAUUUUCAUAAUUUGCU